AAUAAAAUUUGUGGCCUACGACUGCGCCCCCAUUUUACCCACCUUGGCUGGUUCGGCCUCGGCGCCAUAUUUGGGGGGUUUUGAGGUUUGCCGGGGAAUGACCUGUUUGUUAGUUUCUUAAUCUCAGUGACUUAACAAGAAAGCUGAACUGAAAUCGGAACUUCUCGUGGGUAUAUAGUUCAGCCAUGGUUAAACUGGUUUCUACUAAUGCUGGAAAGUUGGACCCAUGGUUGAUAUAAUGUAUUAAUUCAACCAAGGUUGAACCGAUUCUCUCGCCUCGAUGGUGGAAUUAAAUGUUCUUGGAACACUAACAAUGCCAAUAAAUAUAAGAAAGCAUUACCCGGAUUGUUUACACUUUGGUCCGGUUUGACAGCUGACUCAAGGAAAGCAAGGUGUUAUCUCUGGACUUCAGCUGAGCCAGCAUAAUAAAAAUUUGAUUAUUUUUGACUAAAUUUAUCGGAGACUACGGAUCAAUCUUCAAAAAAUGUCUCAUUGGUUCCAUCGAAAUCCUUUGAAAGCCACUGGUGAAGUGAAAUUUGACAUGAAAAUGGUAGCUUCUGAUAGCCAGGCUCUCAAAAUAUGCAGUGAUCUGAAGCAGUCUCGUAAGCGGGUGCUGGAGUUACUGCCAGAUGCCAAUCAUGAGAUCAGCGUGGUGGAGCCUGCACUCACCUUAUAUUUGGCACUGCUGCGAGGGCUCAUCUAUGCUCCUGAUUCCACAGACUGGUCCAAGCUGAGGCACUCUCUCAGGUUCAAAUGGACACACUCAGUUUUGGGCAACACACCAGAGAGCCAAUUUGAUGCCAUAUUUGAGCUGGUAUCUGUACUACAAAAUGCUGCUUUCUGGUACUUUAAACAUGCGGCUAAAGUUGCAGCACAGGAUGACGUGAGCAGUGAUGAGGCAAAGGAGGUGCACCGAAGCUUGCGUCGGGGAGCAGGCCUACUGCAGCACGCGCAGAACGAGUGGCUGCCUCACCUACUGCAGCAGCCACUCGCCGGCUCCGAUGGCGACCCCAGAGUCCACACUGCAUACUUGAACCAAGCCACCGCAGAGGCGCAGGAGGUGACCAUCGCCCGCGCUGUGGAACUCAAGCACAACGCUGGCCUCAUCUCGGCGCUCUGCCACGAGACUUCAAAGAUGUUCACCACCGCCGCAGACUCUCUCGCCUCACUGGAUCACAAGAUAUUUGGCCAUUGGAUGAACUAUCUCAGGCUCAAGGCUGCCUUUUAUCUUGCUUACGCUUACAACUACUCUGGAGAGAAUCUCCUGAAUCAAGACAAAUGCGGGGAAGCCAUCAGAGCGCUGCAGGAGGCUAAGAAGUCGUACGAGGGGGCGGCGGCGCUGUGCAAGGAGUACUCGACCACCAAGGGCCCCGGCACCAAGGCCAAGCCCGACCGCCACCAGUUCUUCAGGAGGAUCGCCCCCAUCAUCAACCGCACCCUGGAGAAAUGCGAGAGGGAGAACGGCAUGAUCUACCAUCAGAAGGUGCCGUACGACGCCCCUGAGCUAGAGCUGCGUGCCACCUACGGCCUGGCGAGCCCUGAGGAGUACUGCCUGCCUCCAGCCGCGCCCCUCUGGUGCGCCGCCACCUACGCCGCCUUCGACCUCACCAAAAACAUGGCCAGCGAUCCUGCCGUCAACUCGAAAGCGGCGCAGAAGGUGGAGGGCGACCUGGCCCCCGUGCAGGAGGCCGCUGUGCACCAGAAGGACGCGGACCACAAGAGUGACAGCGGCUGUUCCCUCAUGUAGGCGCCACAGCGCGCCCUUUGUAGGCGCCACAGCGCGCCCUUUGUAGGCGCCACAGCGCGCCCUCAUGUAGGCGCCACAGCGCGCCCUUUGUAGGCGCCACAGCGCGCCGUUUGUAGGCGCCACAGCGCGCCCUUUGUCCUACAUGAGGAGCCUCACACCCACGGGAUCAUCCACGUCUUGUUGCUAUUUUACUGCUUGAAAACUGCACCUCAACUCAGAUUGUAUUUUCACUCUCCAUAUCUUACUGAUGGAUUUAUUUCAUAAAAAUAAUAAUAAUAAUAAUACUGUUGUUGUCCUUAGCGUGAUUUUUUGUGCACGUAACAUCUCUACUAUGUUAAAUCUUCUAAAGAAUUUUUUUUCCUUAGACGGGAAGUUAUCUACCAUUUUAUUCAUUUUCUUCGCCCCUGUUUUCAAUCGUAAAAGUCGCAGUUAGUGCGAUAUUCCAUACAUCGUCAUAAUUAUUUUGUAUUAAUAACAUAUUGUUGUAUAAUUUCAUAAUUUAUGUAGCUUUUAGUGUAAAAUAAUUCCCUUGCAUUAAUUUUGUAGUUGGGUCCUCGAAGCUCUGUUUUAUUUAUUCUAGAUAAGACACUAUAGAUUAUUAUCUACGUUUUGAUUGCAGUACAGACCAAAGAAUUCCUUACAUUUAUGAGCAAAUUAGAGAAAUACAAAGUGCAAAAAGUAUAAAUUUGAUUUUCUAAGACUAACGAAUCAUUUUUUGAUAGGGUAAUUUAGAGUAAUCUUUUAUUCACUUUUCCCUAUCAUUGCAUGUUAGCGUUCUUAUCUUCAUUAUUGCAUGCUGAUUUUUGAAUA